GCACGCGCAUUUCCGUUUUUACGAGGGCGCGUGGUUUGAUUGCUUGUUCGCACGUGACAUUCAGUACGCAUCCCGUCAGCCGCGCUUGUGGGUCGUGCUUUUCUGCUGCUUCUGGUGCUGGACCCAAGGCCUGGUUCUGCUGCAUCCUCGCAAGCCUUUGACAUCAUCCUUCUGUAUACGCGAAAGCUGCUUUGCAGGGUUAUCUUAUAUUUGCUAGCGUUAUUUAUAUCUAUUCUAAUAAGUAUUUUGAUGGUAUUUUGAUUGUUUGUCGCGUAUUUGCCGAUCUUGCUGUCGUUCGCGACCGCUUGCUUUGUUCAACCCUAGCGCGGAUUUCUCGGAUUCAACGUAUAUAUAGUGCUGACUAGAAGGUAGCCUCCUUUCGUUUGUGAAAAAGCUCAGAUUUAUUUUCUCGCAGUCUUUUUUUUUUUCUUCUACGUGUCAUUUUAGAUUGCACUGCUUGCAACAUGACACGUGUUUUGGUUGCCGGUGACUCGAUGGUGAAAUACGCGGACCAGUAUUUCCCAUCGCGUCGUAGUUAGUCAGUGUUGCCGCGCAUAGAGGAGUAAGGAUUGAGCAUUUGCUGUCAAUGAUUGCUGACAAGCUAGCUGGUUUUGAUGUUGUCAUUGUGCACGUUGGCACUAACAACACUGUUGACAGUGUCAGCGUGUGCAUGGACAAGUAUCGCCAGCUCGCUCAGGGGAUCAUUGAGAGAAAUCCCAUCGUGCAUGUAGCUUAUUCUGCCAUUCUUUCUCGGGGGCAGAAUCAGUACAGCUCAUGGGAAGCUCAGUCCUCAUGGUUGCAUGACCUGAAUGAUAACUACAAAAAGAUUAACACUGCCCUGAUGCAGAACUGCCACGAGUGCGGCUACACAUUCCUGGGUGGUCUCGUGGACAACUGGCCCAGUUGCCUGAGCAGAGAUGGUGUCCACCCGAGCCGCUUUGGUAACAAGGUGCUGCAGACUUCCUGUACCAGGGGGCCUGCACCCUGUCCAUCCAUCUGGAGAGAAGCCGCAUCCAGCAGUCCUACAAGGAGACCCAGGCACCUUCUUCAUGGACCAGUUGGACUUGGCAGGACAGCAUCCCUGCCAUCUCCGAGGCUGACUUUCCCCCGCUUGGUCCACUGAUGUACCAGCUGCAUGCAUUCACACUACCAUCAAGUCAUCAGGAGCGUCUGUACCUCUAUCGAAAUAUUACACUAUUGUCUAAGAUGGAAAAUCAGACUUGUAUAUUUUGCUGUAAUGGUUCUGCCAAUAAAAGAUUGAUUAUACAUAUUUAUUUUCUUGCAAAGCUGGCAUUGUGUAUGUAACAGGCCAGUGCAGCAUAUAAGC